GGCAGCCGUGCCGGACCGGGCUGUGCCGUGCCGGGCGGCGGGGGGCGGCGCAGAGCAGCACAGCAACGGCAGCAGCAGCAGCAGGAAAUACUGGAUAGAUCCCACAAUGGAGGACGGGAAGCCCGUUUGGGCUCCACACCCAACUGAUGGGUUUCAAAUGGGAAUGAUUGUGGACAUUGGCACUGACAACUUAACUAUUGAACCUUUGAAUCAGAAAGGCAAGACUUUUCAGGCUGCAAUCAAUCAAGUGUUUCCUGCGGAAGAGGACAGCAAAAAGGAUGUAGAAGAUAAUUGUUCCCUUAUGUAUUUGAAUGAGGCCACUCUCCUUCACAAUAUCAAAGUUCGGUACAGUAAGGACAGAAUUUAUACCUAUGUAGCCAACAUUCUUAUUGCAGUGAAUCCAUAUUUUGAUAUACCGAAGUUUUAUUCUUCAGAUACUAUUAAAAAGUACCAGGGUAGAUCGCUUGGAACACUGCCACCACAUGUGUUUGCUAUUGCUGACAAAGCAUUCCGUGACAUGAAAGUGCUCAAGAUGAGUCAGUCCAUCAUAGUGUCUGGAGAAUCGGGAGCUGGCAAGACAGAAAACACUAAAUUUGUUUUGAGAUAUUUGACAGAAUCCUACGGUUCUGGCCAAGAUAUCGAUGAUAGAAUUGUAGAAGCAAAUCCUCUAUUAGAAGCCUUUGGAAACGCAAAGACUGUUCGCAACAACAACAGCAGUCGUUUUGGAAAAUUUGUUGAAAUUCACUUCAAUGAGAAGAACUCGGUGGUUGGUGGAUUUGUAUCACAUUACCUUCUGGAGAAAUCUAGGAUCUGUGUGCAAGGCAAAGAAGAGAGGAAUUAUCAUAUCUUUUACAGGCUUUGUGCUGGUGCUCCAGAAGACAUUAGAGAAAAACUAUAUCUUAGCUCUCCUGACAACUUUAGGUAUUUAAAUCGAGGAUGUACCAGAUACUUUGCUAACAAAGAAACAGACAAGCAGAUUUUGCAAAAUCGCAAGAGUCCUGAGUAUCUCAAAGCAGGUUCAUUGAAGGAUCCACUCUUAGACGAUCUUGGAGAUUUCAACAGAAUGUGCACAGCAAUGAAAAAGAUUGGACUAGAUGAUGCAGAAAAACUUGAUCUUUUUAGAGUAGUGGCUGGCGUCCUUCACCUUGGGAAUAUUGAUUUUGAGGAAGCUGGGAGCACUUCAGGCGGCUGCACGCUGAAGGCUCGGAGCCAGCCGGCGCUGGAGUGCUGCGCGGCGCUGCUGGGGCUGGACCAGGAGGACCUGCGCGGCAGCCUCACCACGCGCGUCAUGCUCACCACGGCAGGGGGCGCCAAAGGAACGGUCAUCAAGGUGCCCUUGAAAGUGGAACAAGCAAACAACGCUCGUGAUGCCUUGGCUAAAACAGUGUAUAGUCAUCUGUUUGACCAUGUAGUAAACAGAGUAAACCAAUGUUUUCCGUUUGAGACUUCUUCCUUCUUCAUUGGAGUUCUAGAUAUAGCUGGUUUUGAAUACUUUGAACACAACAGCUUUGAACAGUUCUGUAUUAACUACUGCAAUGAAAAACUGCAGCAGUUUUUUAAUGAAAGGAUUCUGAAAGAGGAACAAGAGCUUUACCAGAAGGAAGGCCUGGGGGUUAAUGAAGUGCGCUAUGUAGAUAAUCAGGACUGCAUAGAUUUGAUUGAAGCAAAAUUAAUAGGUGUACUGGAUAUUUUGGAUGAAGAAAAUCGUCUUCCCCAACCAAGCGACCAGCAUUUCACUUCAGUUGUACACCAAAAACACAAGGAACAUUUCAGACUUUCUAUUCCUAGAAAAUCUAAAUUGGCUGUUCACAGAAAUAUCAGAGAUGAUGAAGGCUUUAUUAUCCGACACUUUGCAGGAGCAGUCUGCUAUGAGACGAUGCAAUUUGUGGAAAAAAACAAUGAUGCUUUACACAUGUCCCUUGAAUCUCUUAUAUGUGAAUCCAAGGACAAGUUUGUUCGCCAGCUGUUUGAAUCUAACACUAACAACAACAAGGACUCCAAACAAAAAGCUGGGAAACUUAAUUUCAUCAGUGUGGGAAACAAAUUCAAGACUCAGUUAAAUUUACUUCUUGAGAAGCUUCACAGCACUGGGUCCAGCUUUAUUCGCUGUAUCAAACCUAAUUUAAAGAUGACAAAUCACCAUUUUGAAGGAGGACAGAUUCUCUCUCAGCUUCAGUGUUCAGGAAUGGUGUCAGUUCUGGAUUUGAUGCAAGGUGGUUUCCCUUCACGAGCUUCAUUUCAUGAACUGUAUAAUAUGUAUAAGAAAUACUUGCCUGACAAAUUAGCUCGACUGGAUCCUAGGCUAUUUUGCAAGGCAUUAUUUAAAGCCUUGGGACUGAAUGAAAAUGAUUACAAAUUUGGGCUAACCAAGGUGUUUUUUAGACCCGGCAAGUUUGCAGAGUUUGAUCAGAUAAUGAAGUCUGACCCAGAUCACUUAGCAGAACUAGUUAAAAGAGUAAAUCGCUGGCUUAUCUGCAGUCGUUGGAAAAAAGUUCAAUGGUGUUCUCUCUCAGUGAUUAAAUUGAAAAAUAAGAUAAAAUAUCGAGCCGGUGCCUGCAUUAAAAUACAAAAGACUGUUCGUAUGUGGCUUUGCAAGAGAAAGCACAAACCACGGAUUGAUGGCCUGAUAAAAGUUCGUACACUGAAGAUGAGACUUGAUAAAUUUAAUGAAGUAGUAAGUGCUCUGAAGGAGGGGAAGGCAGAAACAAGCAAGCAGGUUAAGGAGCUGGAGCGUUCUAUUGAUGCUUUAAUGACCAAAAUUAAGACCACUAUAAUGACUAGGGAACAGAUACAGAAAGAAUAUGAUGCACUAGUUAGAAGCUCAGAGCAGCUUCUGAGUGCACUGCAAAAGAAGAAGCAACAAGAGGAGGAAGCGGAGAGGCUACGACGCAUCCAGGAGGAAAUGGAAAAAGAAAGAAAGAGACGUGAAGAGGAAGAACAACGCCGAAGGAAGGAAGAAGAGGAAAGACGCCUGAAAUCUGAGAUUGAGGCAAAGAGAAAACAGGAAGAAGAAGAGAGGAAAAAGAGGGAAGAGGAAGAGAAGCAUAUUCAGGCUGAAAUUGAGGCUCAGCUUGCUAGAGAACGAGAAGAGGAAACCCAGCACCAGGCAGUGCUUGAACAGGAACGUCGUGAUCAUGAACUUGCCAUGAGAAUUGCCCAGAGUGAGGCAGAACUGAUCAGUGAUGAGGCUCAGCUUGAUUUAGGAUUGCGCAGGGGUCCUGCAGUUCAAGCCACAAAAGCUGCCGCUGGCACUAAGAAGCAUGAUCUCAGUAAGUGGAAAUAUGCAGAGCUUCGUGAUACAAUCAAUACAUCCUGUGAUAUUGAACUGUUGGCAGCUUGCAGAGAAGAGUUUCAUAGAAGGCUAAAGGUCUAUCAUGCUUGGAAAUCCAAGAAUAAGAAACGCAAUGCGGAAACAGAACGGCGUGCUCCCAAAUCAGUCACAGACUAUGAUUUUGCACCAUUUCUGAGCAACUCACCUCAACAGAACCCAACAGCCCAGCUACCAAUGAAACAGCAAGAGAUUGACAUAAACAGAGAACAGCGUUACUUCCGCAUUCCCUUCAUCCGUCCAGCAGACCAGUACAAAGAUCCCCAGAACAAGAAGAAGGGUUGGUGGUAUGCACAUUUUGAUGGGCUCUGGAUUGCUCGGCAAAUGGAACUUCAUCCUGACAAGGCACCCAUUCUCCUUGUAGCGGGUAAGGAUGAUAUUGAUAUGUGUGAGCUUAAUCUCGAGGAGACUGGCUUAACUCGAAAGCGAGGCGCUGAAAUUUUGCCGAGACAGUUUGAAGAAAUUUGGGAGCGAUGUGGAGGUAUCCAGUACCUUCAAAAUGCAAUUGCAAGCCAACAAGCUCGUCCUACAUAUGCUACAGCUAUGUUGCAGAACCUACUGAAAUAAGCGGUCUUUUUGCACAGCGACGUUCGAGAUGGGAACCUUUGCCCGUGCUACAAAGGGAAGAGUUCUUCUUUUCAACGGAGGACGUAAACGUUCUAUGAUCACAUUAGAGAUGUUUAAUAUAAAGUGAACAGAUUUUCUUAAUCAUGUGGUUUGUUAAUUUGUACGUUAUGAUGUUUAAAUUGUGUAGUGAACUUCACUAGGUGUGAGGACCUUGAAGAAGCUUCAUUGUAGUUUGUUGCAUUUUGUUUAUAUGUUGCAUUUUCUUUACCAGUCUCUGUUAUAACUCUUAACACUUCUAAGCAAUCUCUCAGUACUUGGGUACACAUGACAAAGAACUGCAUUGCAACCACCUUUUUGUAACAUUCCCUCUUUAAAACAAUGACUAGGUGGCUUCAGGUGGUGACACAGUAAAGAGCAGAUCCUGUUUCUAAUAACUGGAAUUGUGAGGCCUUAGCUUUGACUUCUGUUCCGGAGAAGUUGGAGUAUACUUUUAUGUAAUCUCAGACAUUUUAUGUCCUGAUUUGAAAAUUGGUUAGUGUCUGUAUUUACUGACUUUUUCAGAAGCUGAUGGGAAAUCUACCUAAACUGACGAUGCAUAAAUUCCUAUUUAAUGCAUUCUCUGUCUUGGUUUAAGAUAAAUGGUUUUCUGUGCAUUCUGCAAAGAGUUCAUGUAUUGUGUAAUACUCAAAGAAUGUAGUAUUCAUUAGGGCUUAUACCACUUCUCUCUUAGUUUCUUUUUCUUUUUUUCUAUUUAAGUAUGAAUUUAUUUGGAAUUUUGUUCCUCUGACCAAAUUUCCAUUAGGAAUUCUUGGAGAAUUUGUUUAUCCAGGUAGUGCAAUCUCAAGAUAUUAUGCUAAAUUGUCCAGGACUUUAUCUGGAGGCAUAUAUGGAUAAGGAUAGCAUAAGGGAAAUCUCUUGAGCUUUUUAGUGGCAGUGUAACUUAACUGAGUAUUGAGGCCUGAACCUCAGACAUCCUGUUAAUUUUAAUUGUAACAAGAUUCACAAGGUCUGUACCUUCUGAUAGAUUGUACAAAAAUUUGUUUCGGUUACAUAAUGUGUCAUCUUAAUACUAUGUGCUGGUGAAAUAGCUACAGUUUUUAGUAUACUGGAAUAUCAUAGUGAUUCAGAGCUUUGUCUUAAUCUCUUCUGUCAAGCUCCAUAGCUUGUAACAGUUCCCUUAUUAAACGUUUUUUUUUGGGAGUUCUUUGUGGGUGGGAAUUACUAAUUUCAUACAGUUUUAGGAUGCAUCUUGCUCACUUCUGUGAACAUUGUUUCACCAUGCUGGCCAUUAUUGCAACAAAUUAAACUUGGUUAUUUAUUAUCUCUUCGAUAGGAAUUUGAAA